AUGAUCCCGGGGGUCUCUCCCCUCAGAGACCCCGGGGGUCCUUCCCCCUCAGAGAUCCUGGGAUCUUUCCCCCUCAGAGAUCCCGGGGGGUCCUUCCCCCUCAGAGAUCCUGGGAUCUUUCCCCCUCAGAGAUCCCGGGGGGUCCUUCCCCCUCAGAGAUCCUGGGAUCUUUCCCCCUCAGAGAUCCCGGGGGGUCCUUCCCCCUCAGAGAUCCUGGGAUCUUUCCCCCUCAGAGAUCCCGGGGGGUCCUUCCCCCUCAGAGAUCCUGGGAUCUUUCCCCCUCAGAGAUCCUGGGCAGAUCCCGGGGGGUCCUUCCCCCUCAGAGAUCCUGGGAUCUUUCCCCCUCAGAGAUCCCGGGGGGUCCUUCCCCCUCAGAGAUCCUGGGAUCUUUCCCCCUCAGAGAUCCCGGGGGGUCCUUCCCCCUCAGAGAUCCUGGGAUCUUUCCCCCUCAGAGAUCCCGGGGGGUCCUUCCCCCUCAGAGAUCCUGGGAUCUUUCCCCCUCAGAGAUCCCGGGGGGUCCUUCCCCCUCAGAGAUCCUGGGAUCUUUCCCCCUCAGAGAUCCCGGGGGGUCCUUCCCCCUCAGAGAUCCUGGGAUCUUUCCCCCUCAGAGAUCCCGGGGGGUCCUUCCCCCUCAGAGAUCCUGGGAUCUUUCCCCCUCAGAGAUCCCGGGGGGUCCUUCCCCCUCAGAGAUCCUGGGAUCUUUCCCCCUCAGAGAUCCCGGGGGGUCCUUCCCCCUCAGAGAUCCUGGGAUCUUUCCCCCUCAGAGAUCCCGGGGGGUCCUUCCCCCUCAGAGAUCCUGGGAUCUUUCCCCCUCAGAGAUCCCGGGGGGUCCUUCCCCCUCAGAGAUCCUGGGAUCUUUCCCCCUCAGAGAUCCCGGGGGGUCCUUCCCCCUCAGAGAUCCUGGGAUCUUUCCCCCUCAGAGAUCCCGGGGGGUCCUUCCCCCUCAGAGAUCCUGGGAUCUUUCCCCCUCAGAGAUCCCGGGGGGUCCUUCCCCCUCAGAGAUCCUGGGAUCUUUCCCCCUCAGAGAUCCCGGGGGGUCCUUCCCCCUCAGAGAUCCUGGGAUCUUUCCCCCUCAGAGAUCCCGGGGGGUCCUUCCCCCUCAGAGAUCCUGGGAUCUUUCCCCCUCAGAGAUCCCGGGGUCCUUCCCCCUCACAGAUCCCGGGAUCUUUCCCCCUCAGGGAUCCCGAGGUCUCUCCCCGCAGAGAUCCCUUGGGUCUUUCCCCUCAGAGAUCCUGGGAUCUUUCCCCCUCAGAGAUCCCGGGGGGUCCUUCCCCCUCAGAGAUCCUGGGAUCUUUCCCCCUCAGAGCCGGCGCGGCCCCCGCCGCCGUGCCCGCCUGCCUGGAGGGGAAGGGCCCCGGGGAGCGGGCGGCCAUCCUGCACCAGCACCUGGGCCGCAGGGAGAUGACCGACGUGAUCAUCGAGACCAUCCAGCCGCGGGCAGAUGAAGCAAAAGCUGCCAUGGAAGGAGGAAAAUCCUCGGAGGCUUCAUCAGCUGAGGACAGAACAAAACAGGAGGAUCAAAGCAAGGAGUGUGAGGCUGCUCCAGACUCGCCUUCCAAACAGCUCCCAGACCAGAUUUCCUUCUUCAGCGGGAACCCCUCGGUUGAAAUCGUUCAUGGAAUUAUGCACCUGUACAAAACAAACAAGAUGACCUCCCUGAAGGAGGACGUGCGGCGCAGUGCCAUGCUCUGCAUCCUCACUGUCCCUGCCACCAUGACCAGCCACGACCUCAUGAAGUUUGUGGCCUCCUUCUACGAAGUGAUCGAGCACAUGAAGAUCAUCAGAGACUCCACCCCAAACCAGUACAUGGUGCUCAUCAAGUUCAGCUCCCAGGCUGAUGCAGACAGUUUCUACAUGGCCUGCAAUGGCCGGCAGUUCAACUCCAUCGAGGAGGACGUUUGCCAGCUCGUGUAUGUGGAAAGGGCUGAAGUCUUCAAGUCAGAAGAUGGGGCCAGCCUGCCCGUGAUGGACCUGACAGAGCUGCCCAAGUGCACCGUGUGCCUGGAGAGGAUGGAUGAGUCUGUGAACGGGAUCCUCACCACGCUGUGCAACCACAGCUUCCACAGCCAGUGCCUGCAGCGCUGGGAGGACACCACGUGCCCUGUGUGCAGGUACUGCCAGACUCCAGAGCCUGUGGAAGAGAACAAGUGUUUUGAGUGUGGAGUUCAAGAAAACCUGUGGAUCUGUCUGAUCUGUGGGCACAUCGGCUGCGGGCGCUACGUGAGCCGCCACGCCUACAAGCACUUUGAGGAGACGCAGCACACGUACGCCAUGCAGCUCACCAACCACCGCGUCUGGGACUACGCCGGGGACAACUACGUCCAUCGGCUGGUGGCAAGCAAAACUGAUGGCAAGCUGGUUCAGUAUGAGUGUGAGGGGGAUAUGUGCCAGGAGGAGAAAAUUGAUGCCUUACAAUUAGAGUAUUCCUAUUUGCUGACGAGCCAGCUGGAAUCCCAGCGCAUCUAUUGGGAAAACAAGAUUGUCCGGAUCGAGAAGGACACGGCUGAGGAGAUUAACAACAUGAAGACCAAAUUUAAAGAGACCAUUGAGAAGUGUGACAGUCUGGAACAGCGGCUCAAUGACUUGCUCAAAGAAAAGCAGUCAGUGGAGAGGAAGUGCUCCCAGCUGAACAACAAAGUGGCAAAACUCUCCAAUGAGCUGAAGGAGGAGCAGGAACUGAACAAGUGCUUGCGAGCAAACCAGGCCUUGCUGCAGAACAAACUGAAGGAGGAGGAGAGGGUGUUAAAGGAAACCUGUGAGCAGAAGGACCUGCAGAUCUCUGAGAUCCAGGAGCAGCUGAGGGAUGUCAUGUUCUACCUGGAGACACAACAGAAAAUCAACCACCUCCCAGCUGAGACCCGCCAGGAGAUUCAGGAAGGACAGAUCAACAUUGCAGUGGCAUCUUCUGCCAGCUCCUCCACGGCAGGCACGGGCAAACCUUCCUCCAGGAGAGGCCGUGGCAAGAGAGGGAAGUGAGAACAGGGAUUCUCUGCUCCCACCCUGGAACUGGCCAUGCCAGCAGCAGGCCAGGCUUACCUUGGGACUUGGGCUGGGAAAGCCCAGCUCAGUAAAGCUCAGCUAGAAAUUGUCUCCAGAGCUGCUCAUAAAACUGGCUGCCAGUCAGUGGAGGUGUCUGUGGUAUUUAAAAGCAUUUCACUGCACUAUUUAGCUGUUUUUAGGCAGAUCUUGGUGACCAUUUGCCUUCCCUCCUUUUCAGAGCCCCUCCUGUCAUGCAUUUGACUUUCUUGGAGAGUGUUUUGGGGUGGGGGGUGUGUGUCCAUGUCCAACAUCCCAUUCCCUGCAGGGAUGCUGUAGAGUAGGCUCAGCCCAGUGUGUAAGGCUUCUCCAGUUCUUCUCCUGGAUUAAAAGUAUUCUCAAUUAAGAAGUUAUUUAAUAAACAGUGUAAAUUAGGUUAUAUUCAUCUCCUUUUUGUAUGUGCAGUCCUGACACUGCAGAACUGCCUGUGCAGGAGUAGAACUGUAGUUUGGAAAGAAAAAGGAGUGGAAAAAAAACAUCUUAGUGGUGUAAGAAACCAGGCAAGUCCUAAAGGCCAAUGGUCUGGGAAAUUAAAGGCUUUAAGGGACUUUGCUCUGAUCUCUCUUCAGUUCAAAGGUGGCCUUUGAGAGGCCAGUGCUUGCUGUGCUGCCUGUGGGGCAGAAAGGGUGAAAGUUUUGUGUUCUGGAUGCUAUUUAAGGUGGUUAUUUUAUAGCUAUUUCUAUAAAUUGAGUCAUCUCUGAGUUGGGGAGCAUAUUCCCAGUAUUCCAGUGCUCCUGGAGCAGGGUGUGUGUGUGUGUCUCCUGCCUGAGCUGCACUGGGAGUGUUGGUGAAAGCUCCAGAGCUGUUCUCCUCAGAGCCAGUGAGGAGAGGGACAAGCACAGCCUUUGCCAAACUCUCCCCACAUUUCUGGAGCUGUUGGUGCUGGGUCUGUGGCAGAGCUGCUCCUCCACCAGAUCCUCACCAGGAGCUGCAGCUUUGGUUCCAGUUCCUGUGCUCACCAAAACGUGGCACCAUCCACAACCUCAGCUGGCAAAGCUCCUGUGGGACUUGCCCCAAAGGCACACAGGUCCUGGAAGGGAAUUUUGUGCACAAAUCUGCUUUGGCUUGGGUUUUUUGUUGGUUUUCACUCAGAAUCUAAGACUCGAUGCUCUGGGGUGGGAAGUUUUCCCCUGGAGAAGCGACUGUCCUGGUUGCUGUUGUGCUCAGAAUCAGAGCAUUGAAAGGCUGAUCUCUUGUUUAAAAUGGCAGGAGAGUCCCCUCUUGUCUUUCCAGGCCACAGGAUGAUCCUGGUCCUUGUUGGAACAAUCAUGACCUUACUUUGGAACACAGGCAUGAAACAGCCAGUGCUUUAUGCUAGAAGUUGUUCUUUUUUUGGCCCAUUGAAAGGGACAAGUCCCAGUCCCUGGAAUGACCCCAGGAAGGCGGGUGGUUCUCAUCCGUUUCCUGGCUGCAUGGACAGAGAGAGCUGAACUUCCUCAUUGGAACAGGGCUGGUAGUGCACUCUGGGCAUCCCCUGCUUGGCUUUGGAGAUCUGCCCCCACCACCGGGACCUUGGACCUUUUCUGACUUUGUAGCAGGAAUGUACACUCACUUUUCCAGUGUGUGGAUUGUACUGCCAGGCCUCUGCCUUCUGUAAAUGACUCUAAGGAACCUCGAGAUGUACAGCACGGCUUGCUCUCCUAGAGAAACUAUUUUAUUUAAGAUAUAUUUUUACACCAUUAAGAUCCUCUGACCUUUUGCUGAAGGCUUGCUUUGUGUAGAACACUAAAGAUGCCGUACUGUAUCUUGGAAUUCAUUUUCAAAAAAUGUGAUGGAAAAUUAAACCAGCGUGCAGUUCUUUCUGCGUGUGUGUUCCACUGGAGGGGAGGGAGGAGGUUAUUUUGGAAGUCUGAUACUUUUUAACUUGAAGACAAAGCUGUCCAAACAAGCUCUUGGUCUUCUUUGUGCUGGGGAAGUUGGGCUCAACUGAGCUGAUAUGAGCAGAUAAGGCUGGGCAGUUCUCUCUGGGCAGCUUGUGUAGAAAAAGCAAGAAUUGAAGAAUGCUUUGUGUUAAACCAAAUAACUCUGAGUCCUUGAGU